AUAUCCGAAACUGAGACCACAAUUAUAUCAUUAGUUAAAAACGGUAAAAUAGUAAAAGAACAUAGACUGCCAUAAGAAGUUACUACGUACAUGUUAGGGACCCGGUAGAAUAAGAGUAAAUAAGAAAUGUAAUAGCUAGAGUAGUAUAAAUAGAAGGGGAGUGGGUAAUAAAGAGUAUGUUGUUUCUGACUUUAGUCAUUUUUCUGGGAAGAUCAGAGUUGAAUCUCUAUCUUUUGGGGGGUUUUGGCUCAUUGGUUGCCUUGUUUCCUUACUUUUGUUGCCUUACGAAUAAAGUCGCGCAGAUUACUUUUGUUGAAUUUCUGUGAAUCGUAUGCAGAAUUUCAGAGUUCUAACAGUGGUAUCAGAGAAUCGUCUAUCCUGAUGGAUAAUCUUUACUCUGCGCAAAUGGAUUUACGAUUAAGCAAGUUGGAGAAAAGCCAGAAUCAAUUUGCGGAGCUGUUGGCAGCAGUGCAUGCGAAGCUCACGACCUGGGAUAAUCGAGACCAGAACCGAUCCAGAAGCAGGUCGCAUACUUCGCAUUCAACGCAUCGCACCUCGGGGCCCAGACAUGCGAAGAACGUCUCUAGACCAGAAGGUGCGGAAGUUUCUCACCAUUCGCAGAAAUCUUCUUCGCCGUCGAAAUCACGAACAUCUCAUAUUACGCAGUCGCAAAUUCCAUCUUCCAGGUCGCAAUCGUGAACGGCUUCGCUCAGUUCGCAGGAAUCGUCGCUAAGCGCACAGCGAACCGCAACAGCAGAUUUCAGUCUGCAGGUACGCCCAUCCACGAUCAAAUCUCAUAACAAGGCAACCCUAUUGAAAGAACCUUCUAGUUCGCUAGUUUUGUCACCAGAUAUUUCUCAACCAGCGCAAGAUUUUUCCCAGACCAUAAAGAAGAUUGAGAGGGAUACAAAUGAAUCUGGAAUCAAGAAAAUAAAUAAGGACAAAAUCGAGGAGCAAAGACAGGUUAGUCCCUUGCUAGAUUACGUUUCUCCUAAUCUUGCAAAUGAUGAGGGUUUAAUUCUCAGCCAAGUUUCUGUUGUUGAUGUGCUUAUCUACCCAUGUUCCUUUGGAAGUAGAAUCCUAAUAGCUUCUGAAAUGGGAUUACUUAAAGGCGAGGACAUUACAGAAGAUAAAACUGUUUUUGUCAAAAGACAACAACCGCGACAACUUAAGGACAUAUUUUCUGGAAAUACAUGUUCGGAACAAAAGAGGUUUGGUCCAGUGGUUCUUGAGGAUCAUGUUUAUCCUUGUUCUGGGAAAUCUUAUGCUAAUGUUCAAAUUGGGGCAGUGAUUUCACCUGGAGGUUCACUAACUUGGAUGAAGGUUGUGAGCUGUGGCAGGCUUGUUAUGGAUGAUAAAGAGGCUGAAACAGCAAUAUACAAUAAGAAAUUAACUGGUGGGAUGCACUCUUCCACUAUGUUUAAAGCCAUUUUGAAACCCAAGGUUGAAGAGGAACUUUUUGCUCCUUAUAUUUUAAAGGAAUAUGAAGACUAUUCUCCAGUUGUUUCUUCUGCUAUUGUGAAUCUGGAUGGGAAAAGUUCAAUUAGUUGUGACUCACUUGUCAACUUAGAGGUGGACCUUAUGGUUGGAGAGCUCAGAAUUACAGAUUAUAUCACUGAGAAAACAGCAGAAAGUUAUGUGGAACAAAAUAUGGAAGACAAGGAAAAGGUAAAAGGGAAGCAAAACUUGAAAAUGGCAAGGUCUCUUUCUGGUAUAGAAACGGCCUGCCUGCAAGAAAACCAAAUUUGGAGGUUUUACAUCAUAGAUAGGAUCUCCUAUUCCAUAGGUGGGAGAACUGCUGAUGGGAUAGGAUAUCUCUUCCCUUUCUUGUUAAUGCUUUUUAGGCCUUCCUUAUCAAAUGAGAUAGGCCAAGAAUUGAAAGAGGAAGAAGUUGGAAGGUACAAAAAGGAGCUCACAUCCAAUGCAGUACUAGUUUCAGAAGAUAGAAACGAUAAGGAGCUGCAGAAACGUGAAGAAUUCUUUUCUUUUUUUCUAUGAAAUGCUGGAAGGAAACUGAACCGAAUAAAACUUCACUACAGAUUCCUUCUGCUACUGAAAGUUCUGUGAUCUUAAAAGAUCUCGUACGAAAGUCCCUAGUCCAUCAACCAGUCAAGUAUUGGGAAGGGAGAGGCGCAAGGAUGAAGAGGAAG